UAGCUGGAGGACACUCCGCUGUUUCCUCGCUCUGACGCCAUUUUGUGAGUCGUCGUUGAUCAGCAGCUGAUCUCUUACACUGCCGUGUGAAGUGCAGGGAAGGCCUCUGUUUGUGGAUCAUGAGCGGCUGUCGUAUAUUCAUCGGGCGGCUGAAUCCCUCCGCCAGGGAGAAGGACGUUGAGCGCUUCUUCAAGGGCUACGGGAGGAUCAGAGACAUCGACCUAAAGAGAGGCUUCGGGUUUGUGGAGUUUGAUGAUCCGAGAGAUGCUGAGGAUGCUGUAUAUGAGCUUGAUGGGAAAGAGCUGUGCAAUGAGAGGGUGACUAUAGAACACGCACGGGUCCGCCUGCGUGGAGGCAGGGGUCGGGGAGGCGGAGGACGCUUCCCAGAUCGUUAUGGCCGUGGCUCACAGGAUAGCCGGAGGAAUCCCCCUCCGAUGCGCACUGAGAACCGUCUGAUUGUAGAGAAUCUUUCUUCAAGAGUGAGCUGGCAGGACUUGAAGGAUUUUAUGAGGCAGGCUGGAGAGGUUACCUUUGCUGAUGCUCAUCGCCCAAAGCUCAAUGAGGGUGUGGUUGAGUUUGCCUCCCACAGUGAUCUGAAAAAUGCUCUGGAGAAGCUAUCUGGGAAAGAAAUCAAUGGAAGGAAGAUCAAGCUCAUUGAGGCAGCCAGGAAAAAGUCCAGAAGUCGCUCCAGGUCCAACAGCUCAUCCCGUUCCCGUUCUCGUAGUCGCACGCCAUCCCGCAGCCCCAAAGCCCACAAACGCUCGCGCAGCCGAUCCUCAACCCCCUCACCCUCCCCCACCCAAAGAGCUAAGGAGACGAAGCGGGCCCGUUCAGAAUCCAGAUCUCCCCCACCCCAGCGGGCCCCAGCCUCUCGCUCUCCAUCCACCGACAGCCGCUGCUGAAGCAGCUCCACCCAUCCCGCUGAAGCUUCACUCUUCGGUCAGACACUGUUGGUCACGCUUGUGUUUGUUUAGCAUCUGUUCCAAACUGGCGUUUCAACCCUUGUGAGCGACGGGACAGAUUUAAUAUCUUUACAGCCACUGAUAGCAGCAGUGACCUCGAGUCUGAAGCCUGCUGUGCACUCACAGUCUUCAGAGGUAAAUUCAUGUCCGUAGACAGAGCUGCAGUUUUCUACUGUUCUCGGUAAGCUUUGCAUUUGUGUCCUCUGAGUAGUGUCACAUUUCCCCUGAAUGAGAGCUGUGAUCUUGCUAGUAAUAUUAAUAGGUGAGUACCUUUUUUAUAUUAAUUUGUGCUUUUAGUCAUUGUGUAACAGGAAACAUUCAAAUGCUGUUGUGGCACCUUGCAUACUUCAAGCAAAUGUUGUGUGUUUGUUUUAUGUUUCAUCAGUCAAAUAUAAUUUUUGUUUCGCUUGAUAGCGCUGAAAUUGAGGACCUUGUUUAAUAAAUUGGUGCAAGUUUAAACAUGUUUUAAUAAUUGUGUGGAAUUUGGAAUUGUAUGUUUUAUUUCAGCAUCAAUAUGGGUGUUGGCAUAAAGGGUUUUGAUGCAUGCCACCUGACUGGGAAUUGUCUGUCAUUUUCUUAUACUCUUCUACUGUAAACAAACCUUUCAAUAUCAUUGGACAUUGAUUUGAAUUCAUGUAUUACCAAAUAAACUCACAAGAAUCCUAA